UUCCUUCUUCCCGUGGAUCCCGACUCCGAAGCCAGCUUUGCGAUCCUUCCACGUGAAUGAGUCAAACUUUUCCUUGUCAUCUGUGGAAUGCGACUGCGUAUUGCAGUAGUUUCUUUUAUCCUUUGAGUGAGCGAUUUCCCUGAAAUGCCGAACGUUUGUUUCGUCAAGACGUGCCGCCAUCAAACUGGGAAGAACGUUCGCAAGGGCUUGCGAUUCUUCUCUUUGCCGGAGAAAGAACCACGAAGGACUGCGUGGUUACGCUGCGCCGGGCGAGGGCACGACAUCGAGAACCUGCCUCUCAUUCCCCGUUUUUGUGCCGAACAUUUCGAGCCGACUGCUUUCCGAAAGGACGACCUGCGUCGUUCCCGUCUUCGAUCAGAUGCUGUGCCGACGCUUCUGCUUCCCGUCGCCGAUGAGACCGACGAUCCUCCCCCAAAGCGCCAAAAAGUCGUGACUCAGGCCUCGGCAACUGGACUGCCUGCACCCUGCGAGGCAGAAAUGACCCUCAGGGACUGUACUGCUGAAACAAACAUCCCUGCAGUGGUGCCACCUGUCCCUGUCGCAGACGUGCCUGCACAGUCGCAUCCACCCGAGUCUGCCUUCUCCACUUGUAGCAGUGGGGUGCCAUAUGAAUGCACAUCUCCUGUUCCCAGCAACAUGCCAGACUCUGACGCAACCUACUCUCCGUCUCACAGCGAGGAUUACAAGAGGUAA